AUGUCUUCCUCAGCUUUUUGCUUUUUAAUUGUAGCUGCUUUACUUGCACAAAUUGUGGUUUCUGCACCUCCACUACGCGCUGACCAUAUGCGAGUAAAGAGAGGCGAUGCAGUGCCGGUAGUUGCUGCCGCUCCUGUUGUAGCUGCUCCAGCCUAUUAUUAUCCGUAUUAUGCUCCGGUUGCACAAGCAGCUUCUAGCUUUGUUUCUGGCGGAGGCGGUGCUGGAGGCGGUGGCAUUCAAAGCGUAAUUGGUGGAGGCUAUGGACAUUCCGGAUCUUCGUUUGUAUCAGGAGGUGGGGGUUUAUAUGGAGGUGGGGGAAUACAAAGUGUUAUAGGAGGACGUUGA